AUGCUUUGUCAAGUCUGCUCUGGAGCAUUCCGCGACUUUCCCGAUAUCACGGAAGAGCAGCCUCAUCACGCUACCUUUGCACGAUUGAAGGAGGCCGCCGACGCAGGAUGUCCACUAUGCUUUGCGUUCUGCAACUUGUUCUCCGAUGUACAGCAUCGCCAACUCAGCCAGGCUGACUCCAAGACGUCGCCUUGUGCCGUGCAUUCUUUCGUCAGGACCAGCCGGCACGACUACAAAUUCUUCAUUCAUGGCAACAACAUCCCAAGGUCGAUAUCUUCGCGCCCUUUUGCCAUGUUCAACGUCUCGCCUGUAGACAGCCAAUCCCAUGUACUUGAUGGGACACCGAUGACGCCGUUGCAUCGUAACACUUCAUCAGAUGAGACCUGGGAUAUGAUUGCCGGGUGGAUCGAGACAUGCAUGACUUCACACCCCAAGUGCAAAGUUGACCCGCAGCAGUCGUGGUAUCCAUCGAGGCUGAUAAGAUUCGAUCACGCUCGUCAGCGAGCUUGCGUUCUUGAGACGGCAGAGAACGUCUGCAUUGGUGCAUAUCUGACCCUCAGCUAUCGAUGGCAGAACAUGCCAACCUUUCUCCUGACCACACACACGCACAAGGCUAUGUCAAAUGGCUUCCCUAUUUCAAGUAUGCCUCGCGUGUUCAGAGAUGCCGCAACUGUUUGCGCACGCCUUGGAAUAUAUCUCCUGUGGAUCGACGCGCUUUGCAUUAGACAAGAUGCCGACGAUGAAAGUGACUGGCGAAAAGAGUCGCUUCAAAUGGAUAAGGUUUAUUCGAAGGCCCUCCUGAACAUCUCCGCCGCCGCCGCGAGUGAUGGAACAUGUAGCCUGUUUGUUGAGCGCAAUCCUUUGGUACUCCACGAACCUACCAUAUCGACUACUAUCGACCUUAUGGACAAGCGCUACCACCUCACGAAUGACUCGCUUUGGGAUGCAGAAGUCGGCAACGCGCCACUGAACUUGCGGGGUUGGGUGUUUCAGGAACGACUGCUGGCUCAACGCACCCUGCAGUUCGGAAGAAACCAAGUCACCUGGGAGUGUGCCGAAAUGGCAGCUGCCGAGUCUUCUCCCGGAGGCAUUUUCUGGCGGAUGCCAGAAACACAUGGCAUCUCGGCCAACUUUGUGGAACAUCUCAAAACGAUUGAGCACGCGAAAGACAUCUCCGGCCGCCGGGAGGUCUAUCGAACGUGGGGCCGUAUCAUCGAGUCAUACUCCCGGUGCUCGCUCACGCAGUCGAAGGACAAACUCGUCGCCCUAGCUGGUAUCGCCAAGGUCUUCUCUCCUUUCGUCAGAACGCAAUAUGUGGCAGGCAUGUGGAGAAACGACCUCGAGAAGGCGUUGCUAUGGAGUACGAGUACCUUCGUGCAUGAUGUUGAUCAUCCUUCGCGCUGCGUAGAGACAUACAUAGCGCCAAGCUGGUCAUGGGCAUCGAUCGUGGGGACUGUAUCGAUGCCGUCGCAGGUCAUGGCACUGGAGUACCGUUGGGAGGUGCUAGACGUCGCACUGGAGCUUGCGUCAGAAGACGAGAUGAGCGAGGUGAGGAAUGCGUCGUUGCUUCUAAAAUGCGACCUAUUCAAGGUCACGGUCACCCGGGAUUGGAGCAUGCCGUCCGCGUUCGAAAGUCGUAUCUUCUCUUUCCUGGGACCCGACGGCGAGACGAACAAGAUGACUCUGUCUGUAGUUUGGGAUGCUUCCAGGGACUCCGCGAACCUGGAAGGGUCUGAACUAUAUCUCGCGUCGGCAGUUCAUAUGUUUGGGGCCACGCAGGAGAUUCCCGAUGUGCACGGGCUGCUGCUGCGACCCGCUGACGAUUCCGGCCGUCGGGACACCUACCGCCGGUGUGCUUACUUCUCGACUCUGUAUGGAGCGGAAGCAGCAGCGGACGCAAAGAUGUUCCAGGGGGGUAUGGAUAUGAGAUGUGACAUCCCAUGUGUGCGCCGAGUGGGCAGCUCCUGUGUGAUCCGGCUGAUCUAG